ACAAACUUGAACCUGAAAGAUCGAUUCGACGGGCAACCGGAACCCAGAGAGUGAGCCCGCGCACGCGUUCAGUCUCCAGUCCCCAUUCUACGCCGGUGCAUUCUCAGUGAAGUGAACGAUUUAUGGAAAUAUAUUGUUUGCAACUCAACGCAAUUGAAUUAAAUAAAACUCAACAAGUGUGUGAAUCGAAAAUAAACAGCGCAGCGUCCAUUCAGAAAUAUACGUACAUACAUAUAUACGAGUGUGUACCUGAACAUCAUCGCCAUGGAAUAUCACCGACCAGCAGAUGCCCAGACAAUGCUGCUAAUUAUGAUAGUUAUCAUCGGCUGCUCGACCACAGCGCACGGCCAGUCCUAUCUGAUCGCCCUGGAGAACGUUCUCAACGAGUCCCCCCAGCCCCAGCACCAGCCGCCAUACAACCUGACAACUGCGAACAGCACAACAGAUGUGGAUCCGUUUGCCAACAGCACUCGCAUAAUUGUCUACAAGAACACUGUCGUAGAGCCAUCAAACGAAUUGUCCCAGACGGCCAUGGAUGUGAUUACGAUCGUGUGGUACGUGGCAACCUUUCUGGCUCUCGCGGCCUUCUUCAUGCUGAUGGCCUGCUCGGAUCGCAGGUGUCGCGACAUGAGGCGCCACCAUUCUGGAGCUGGAGCUCAAAGCGAGGGCGUAAGAGCGCCACCCACUCCCUCACCGUCGUACAGCGAGUUUGCCCCACCCAGCUACGACACGGUUAUCAAGAUGCAGCAUGCGGCCAAGACCAGUGUCUUUGUGAUACCCUUCAACAAGGCCAGCGACCCAGGAGGCAAUCCCGCACCCACCUCUCAACCUCCACCAGUCACGUGCAAUAUUUACACAGUCCAUGAGUUGCAGAAAUCGGGGAAUUAAAAGAUAAGACCGACUCCGAGCGACUGUGGACUGUACUGUGAGAACUUGGAGCUAACCCUUACUCCGCCUCUGUGAUAUUUGCUGUGGCCCCAGACGAGUGUGGUGCAGCGGUAGACGUGUAUAUUGUAGUGGCAUAGACUAGUGUACCUAAGGAUAGAACAAGUAUUAGAUGUAAGAGCCUGCAGAAGACUGACAACGAAAAAUAUCCACAUAUGCAAAUGUAUUUUCCAUAAGAUAUGCCAGUUCAACUGAACCUAGAUGACUAAGCAAUCAAAUAUAGUAAAACAACAAAAAAUGAA